CUCUACGCGGGAAUAAAAUAAAAAAAGAAUAAAAAAAGAAAAACUCUAAAAAACCCCAUUUUCCAAUUUGAAAAUAUUGCAAUAUUUUAAUCUACCAAACAUGCAUAUUCAAACCUCAUAAAUCGUCUCUCUCUUCGAUGAUUUCAAGCUCUAACCAUAUUAAAAAAUCCCAUUCAGAAAAUCAAAACAAUCUCAAAUCCAUUUGCUUUCGUAUGUCCUCUACCUCUCAUGAAUCUUGCCGGCAACCAUCGCUCCUUUUUUUUUUCUCUAUUUGAUUCAACCGACUGAAGAAAUCGAAUUGCAAUUGAGAUAGAUUCAUUUUCCAUUGCCAUGGAUUCCGUCGAUUCCCGUGAAGAGGAAGCACCGCUUGUUGCUGCUGGCGAGCCGCUGAUAAACCAUGCAAGAGAUGCUCAUAUCUUGAGCUUUGCAUUCCUGUUCAUAUUCAGCGCCUAUGGCGCAGCGCAGAAUCUGGAGAGUACAGUGAAUACGGAGCAAGACUUGGGAACUACUUCAAUGGGAAUAUUGUAUCUUUCGUUCACUUUGUUUUCAUUAGUGGCUUCUCCCAUGGUUAGGAAUCUGGGAUCAAAGAACGCUUUGGUUCUCGGCACUACUGGUUAUUUGUUGUUCAUCGCAUCGAAUUUGAAACCGUCCUGGUAUACAAUGGUGCCUGCUUCUGUAUACCUUGGUUUUGCUGCAUCUUUAAUUUGGGUUGGGCAGGGAACAUAUCUCACUUCUGCUGCUCGAAGCCAUGCAAAAGAUUGCCAUUUACAUGAAGGAACAGUCAUUGGUAACUUCAAUGGGGAAUUUUGGGGGAUGUUUGCAAGUACACAGGUCAUCGGCAAUUUACUCACUCUAGUGCUGUUGAAAAAUGGAAAGGAAGGUGAAAGCAUCAGUGGCACAACUUUGUUAUUCACUGUCUUCCUUGGGAGCAUGAUAUUGGGUACCAUAUUAAUGUGCUUCUUGCAUAAAAGGGAUGGAAAUGGAGAUCUUCAAAAACAGUCUGCCAGUUUCAGCUCUUCUGUUGGAUCACUAUUGAUGUCGGUUAUUUCGCCUCUGUGCGACAAAAAAAUGCUGUUGAUUAUCCCUCUUCUUGCCUAUUCAGGAUUACAGCAAGCAUUUGUGUGGGCUGAAUUCACUAAACAUGUUAUAACACCAGCACUUGGGGCGUCAGGCGUUGGUGGUGCAAUGGCAGUAUAUGGGGCUGCUGAUGCAAUAUGUUCAUUGGUUGCUGGGCGUUUUACUUCUGGUCUAUCUUCAAUCACUCUGAUCGUUUCUGGUGGAGCUUUUCUUCAGAUGCUUGUACUCUUAUGGCUUUUGCUGAAAUACAGCUUAACUAGUGGAAUACUCGGGUAUGUAUAUCCACUGCUCAUGAGCGUCAUAUGGGGCGUGGGCGAUGGGGUUUUCAAUACGCAGAUCAAUGCAAUUCUCGGAAUGCUCUUCAGGCGCAACACGGAGGCGGCAUUCGCGCAAUUGAAGGUCUGGCAAAGUGCUACGACGGCGGUCGUGUUCUUCAUCAGCCCACUCAUCACAAUGCAUGCAAUGCUGUUGGUGAUGGUGGUUGGACUCUGUAUUUCGAUGGCCGGGUUUCUCAUCCUAAUACUUCACGUAGAAAAAGCCUUCUCUUCUGGAUCUUGACGUCGUCCACCGGUUUAUUUUUCCUGCAAAAUUGUGGUGAUAUGUAUAUCGACCUGAUCAGUGUGAUCGAUGGUCGAGAUUGGAUGUUUUUCUUUUUCCCCGUAUAUGUGGUCUUAAGAUGAUGUAAUUUUGAGAA